CGUCCGUCCGUCUCUCCUCGGCAGCGACCUUGGACAAGCCGACACAGAGAGACAAUUCCCUUUUUUUCCAACGUCGACGGGCUGCUUGGUGGUACAAACUGCAAUGUACUACCUCCACCACACGCACGCGGCCUCGGCCUCGACGCAGGCGUCGCUGGUCGAGCUCGAGGGCCGGCGCUACAUCUGCUCGGUGCAGCACACGUCGCUCAGCUUCCAGCCGUUGGACGACACGGCGGUCUUGACGCUGCCGUUGAAUGCGCGCAUCAUCAAGGUUGUCCAGCGCCGCGGAGUGUUUCUCAUUCUCACGGACCACCACCAGCCGCGAAUCAUUGCCGUGUCGAGGCAGCAUGGGCAGUGGAAGACGCGGGCGGUGGUGCAGGUCGACGAGCUGGGCCGGCAGCCCGCCGAGACGGGCAUCACCCUGGACAUCGACGAUGCCGCCGGCCUCCUCCUUGCCCACACCCAUGCAGGCGUGCUCAAGGUGGUCCCGCUGGACUCGAAGCAAGGUGGUGGCGCAGAGGGCGAUGAUGUCGACGAGGAGCAAGUGGCCGCGCUGCACCAGGACGACCUCGAGCCGGGGCUCCCUCGCUCAUCGUCGGCCUUCACCGUCCGGACACCCCACCCGCACCUCAUCUCUUCGCUCUUUCUCGACGCAGCUCGACCGACGCUCGCGCUCCUCUCGCUUUCCAGCAUCCCCUCGCGGCUGCCCGGGCUGGGCAUGCAGUGCCUCCCUGUCCUUUCCUUCCAUCGCCUCGACGCAAAGGACCAGGAGCUCAAGCCGGCGCCCUGGGGACCCUCGCCCAAGCCACUACCGUCGCCAACUUCGCCGUCGACUUCGACCACGGGCAAAGGCGCCGCUACUGCUGCUGCUGCAGGGGAAGCAGGCUCGAAGAAGAAAACGGAAGAGGACGACGAGGAAAGGAUGCCGGGCUCCUUUGGCCAGGCAGGAGGAGCAAGCGAGGAUGCGCUGCCUUCGACGUCGUCGCGCGGUCGAGGUCCCUCGGCGAUGGGCGCUACGAGGUCGGCAGAGGAAGAGAGAGCGGCCGAGCAGGCACUCGCUGCCUCGUCGCUGGCCAGAGCCCACGUGCCGCUGCCCUACGCCGAUGCGCUGGGCGCCCAUCUGCUCGUCAGCCUGCCUGCAAGGGCCGGCGGCGGCGUCCUCGUCUUUAGCGAGACGAGCAUCCUCCUCGUCCCACCGCCCCCUCAGUCUCCUCAGCGGCGCGACACGCCCAAGUCGCCCACUGGCCAUGCAGCAGCAGCAGCAGCCCCGUCUGGAGCUGGAGCAGGAGCAGCUGGAAAGAGGCGCAAGGCGAGCGGAAGCGAAGCCAAGGGCGGCAUGCAGCGGCGCACGAGCGCAUCUUCAUCGGCAUUCAGCACCAGUCCUUCAUCCUCGGCCAUGCUGGCGACGAGCCCAACCACCGGCCGAGAGCUGUGCACCAGCAGCGGAAAGCGAAGGCGGUCGGCUGCCGGCUCGAGCAGCAAGGAGCCUGCCGCCGAGGAAGGCGCCGCCACCGCUGCCACCGCAGCCACCGCAACCACGCUCUCUCCCACCUCGCCCACCUCGGCUCGGCGAAGGUCGAGCGCAAGCACAUCAGCAGCAGCUGUUGGUGCUCCGAGGAUCCUCCGUGCAGGCAUAGACAGGCCAGUCAUGGUCGCCGCUGCCUCUGUUGUAAAGGAGCCUCUGCCUGCCACGUCAUCUGACGAGGAGCAAGACGAUGGCGUGCGCAUCAAUGCCGACGGCUCAGCAAAGCUCUUUGUUCUCUUUGGCACCCGCGCUGGUCGCCUUGAUCUAUUGACAAUCAGCCUCGAGCAGCAGCCGCAAUCGUCGACAACAAACUUCAGGCCCGUUGCCAUGUCGACCAAGUUCCUCGGCGACAUUCCCCAGCCGGGUGGGCCCCACGGCAUCGCCUACCUGGGCGAGAACUUUGUCUUUGUUGCCAGUGCCAGUGGCGACUCGACGCUGUACAGGCUGGCCACCGAUGACGUGCUCGAAGAGGUGCAGCGGUGGCCCAACCUGGCGCCCAUCCUCGACUUUGUCGCCGAUGACGGCUCCGGCGGCUCCCCCUCGAGCUCCAAGAGCGCCCAGGCCAGAAUCAUCACCUGCAGCGGCACCGGUCCCACGGGCAGCCUCCGUGUCGUGCGAAACGGCGUCGCUGUCGAGGAUGUGGCCUCGCUUCAGGAGCCCGAUGUGCGCAGGAUCUGGAGUGUCGCCGAUGGGGCGGGCAUUACUCGUCUGCUUGCGCUCGGCUACCCCUCCCAUACGAGGUUCCUCGCCCUCGACUCGGUUAAGGGAACGUUCGAAGAUGCCACGUCGACAUUCACCUCAGCAGGCCUUGGCUGUGAUGAGGCCUGCCUCCUCGUCCACGGCCUCGAAGACGGCCGUCACCUCGUCCACGUGACGGAGAAGGCCGUCUCCAUCGUAGCAUCCGACACCUCGGCUGUUGUCGCACGGUGGGCAUCGCCCGUGGCGAUCUCCUGCGCCUCUGCCACGACGACGGGGCAGGUGCUCGUGGGCACCAAGGGCGCAGAGUUGACCCUCUUGCAAGUCUAUCCCGGCAGUAUUGAGGCAGUCGCCACGACCAAGCUAGCCGGCGAAGCAUGCAGCAUCGAUGUGACGGCCGCUCGAGGCAGCACUGCCGCCUAUGCAGCCGUCGCUCUCUGGAAUCCGGCAAAGGUCUCGAUGCUCCAGCUACCCGACCUGAACGACGUUUCGCCCGACGCACUCGACAGCCACCUUCCUUCACUACCCCGCUCCGUCCUGCUGCAUACGUUCGCCGUCGUCAAGGGAGGGUGCGAUGCCGUGGCGCACUCGCCACUGCACCUCCUCGUUGGCCUGGGCGACGGCACUCUGUACUCUUUUGCCCUCGAUCUGCCCGUGGAGUCGUCCUUCAGCUCGGCCAUUCUCGUCACGGAGCGUCGCACCGCCUCGCUCGGCACUCACCCACUGCUCCUACGGUCCUUUGUCACCUCUCGUGGCCUCCACGCCGUCUUUGCCGCCUGCGACCGGCCCACGGUCCUCUUUGCAGAGGGCACCCGCCUGACCUACUCUGCCGUCAAGCACCGCGACGUCGUCGAUGUCGCGCAGCUCUCGACGUCGAGUACUGCCAAUGGCGGCUUCGAGGGCCAGUGCCUCGUCUUUGCGAUAGCCAACGAGCUGCGACUCACCCAGCUCGGCGCCAUCCAGAAGCUCGAUGUCCGCACCGUGCCCCUUGGCAUGGACAACCCCCUGGCCAUUGCGCAGUCUGCAGCAAGAAAGGCGCUGGGCGUGGCGACGUGGACGUUUAUGCCCGAGGGAAGGCAGACGAAGAUCAAGGCGGGCGGCAAAGUGCUCCUCUUUGACUCGGAGACGUUUGAGAGGCUCGACGAGUACAGUCUGCAGGCGAGCGAGCGGCCCAACUGCGUCGAGUUCAUGCGGCUUGCAAACAGUGAUGAGGGUGAAGAUGAUGAGCGCGAGCUCCUCGUUGUGGGAACGGGCACCUCGCUGCCGGACCGAAAGGAGACGACGGAAGGGAGGAUCCUCGGCUUUGAAGUCUCUUCGUCCACGCGGAAGCUCAAGCUUGUCUUCCAGAAGGUCGUCAGAGGAAACGUCUUUGCGUUGGCUCAGGUCUCGCGCUUUGUGGCGGCCGCGAUCAACUCGGAGGUCGUUCUUUACUCUCAACAGCAAGCAGGCCAAGCAGACGACGACUGGCAAGACGACGAUGCAGAGGGAGACUCGAGGAUGCUGGGGCAGGACGAGAACGGAGACCUCACUGAGCGGGGCAGAUGGUCGGCGGCAUUCACGGCCAUCACCCUCAGCUCGCCGCAGGAGAAGCUGCUCGUGGUGGGCGAUGCGCUCAGGAGCCUCGUCGUUCUGAGGGUCAACGAUGCGGCAGGUGCCAGCAAGGCAAAUGUGCUCCAGGAAAUGUCGCGCGACUGCGAUCCUUACUGGACGACGGCGGCCGAGCAGAUUGGCGCAGGCUCGCAGACGUACAUUGGCGCAGACAUUGCCUUUAACCUCUACACGUCGCAGCGCCUCGCCCUGUCCGACGAUGCGCAGCGCAACCGCAAAGAGGCCAUCCUGAGAAACAUCGAGGCCGGACAGACGCCAGACGAGGACGACGUCCUGCAGCAUUCGGACGGAUGGUCGCGCAUCAUGGAGAGGCGCGGUGCCUACCACUACGGCGACCUCGUCAACAAGUUCAGACGGUCGAGCCUCGUCGGCUCUGCAUCUUCCAGGACGGGGCGUACCCACGACAUUGACCCGAGGCUCGUCUUUGUCACGGCUGCCGGCGCCAUUGGCGUCAUUGCAAGCUUGGGCGAAAGGGAGGGACACAUUGCGACGCAGGUCGAGCGGAACCUCAAUGACUUUAUCGAGCCCAUUGGCGGUAUCUCUGCCGAAGACUGGAGAAUGCUUCGGACCGACCAUCGCGUUAGCCCCAGCGCCGGCUUCAUCGAUGGCGAUCUUCUUGCGCGAUUCUCCUCGCUGAACAAGCGCGACAAGGACACUGUCCUCAGUGGUCCCAAGAGCGCCAUGGCAAAGGUCGACGCCGACGCCGCCGAGGUGGGAUCCCUCGUGGAGGCCCUUGCUAGGCUCUCAUAGAUCUGUCUCCUCUCUCUCUUCAUUAUCCGCUCUGCAUUGUACUGUACAUCUUCUUCUUGUUCUUCGCUGUUACUGAACAUCUGUGGCACAC